GCGGUGUCGCGCAGCUCGUCGAGGGGAAGUGGUGGGCGUUUCUGCGUGUUCGUUCGCUAAGUGUUGAUGCCAAGAAACUUUAUUUUUUUCGCGUCCGCGACCAGCAGCUCUCCCGAUGUUUCUCCCUACGCUUGUGGAGGACAUGCACCAUUUUAAGCCCAGUCGAGACAGACUGUACACCACCAGGUGUUGUGGAUGUUGCCAUGUCCGGACAGGGACCAUCAUCCUGGGAACGUGGUACAUGGUAGUCAACCUGUUGAUGGGCAUCCUGCUGACUGUAGCUGUGACCCACCCGGAGAACGUGCCAACCAUCGACUUGCAAUAUGAGGUCAUCGACCAUUACUUUGCCUCCAACAGGAUGUCUGAAAAUGCCUGUGUUGGAUUUGCCAUCUCUCUCCUGAUGCUAACUAUCAGUGCCAUGAUGGUGUAUGGAGCUAUUACUCAUCGUGAUGGAUGGCUCAUCCCAUUUUUCUGUUACCAGCUGUUUGACUUUGCUCUGAGCUGCCUGGUGGCCAUCAGCUCUCUCACCUACCUACCCAGGAUCAAGGACUACCUGGACCAGCUGCCGGAUUUCCCGUACAAGGAUAACCUCCUCUCUCUGGACUCCAGCUGCCUGCUGCUCUUUGUGCUGGUCUUCUUUGCCUUCCUCAUCAUCCUCAAGGCUUACUUGAUCAACUGUGUGUGGAACUGCUACAAGUACAUCAACAACAGGAACAUGCCAGAAAUUGCUGUGUACCCUGCCUUUGAGACCCCUCCCCAAUACAUCCUGCCCACUUACGAGAUGGCAAUGAAGAUGCCAGAGAAGGAGCCACCCCCCCCUUACAUGCCCGCUUAAGCACCAGCACCAGUUGUUGCCAAAACACACACUUGCACACACAUAUAUGCACACACACCCAUCAUAUGCAUUCCUACAUUCCCCCACUAACCCUUUCUGAACACCAUUACGCCCUUAUCCCCUCCCCUGACCCUGCUGUGUAUGUGUAAGGCCACUGAAGACGCUUUGUUCCCUACCCGCUGUAUUUCUAUAGAGUGUCCACAGAGGUGUGAGAGGAGAGAGGUGGGAGAGAUUGAAAUCUGUGUGGAGUAAAUGAAUGUAUGUGAUGAUUUGAAAAGCAAUGGAAGCUACCAGCCCAUUUUUCCCUCUGGCCUUUUUUUAUGUCUUAGUAAAAGGGAUAUAUGUGAAAAUUAAAUUGCUUGAAAUGCUUUCAUCAAUCCAGCACCAUCCUAUCUAUAGAUUGAUAUAUGAAGUGUAAAAAAAAAUAUUAUGACAAUCCACUUAUUAUAGCUCUUAUUGUUGAAUUGUGUUACUUUUUCCUUAAUUAUUAAUAUGUAGACUAUUCCAUCUCGGUCUUGAAUGGAGUCUGUAGCCGUUUUUUGUCUGUUAUUUAUUUAGCUUGGCUGUGGUUCGGUUCACCCUGACAUUUUCAUCACUCACUGCUGCCCUGAUGUGUUAGCAAAGCUAGUGAAUAGUUUUCCAGCUGAGUCUGAAAGAGAAGGAGAGGGAGAGAGAGCGGAACAGCAGCGGGCACUGAUGGUGCAACGUUUUCUCUGCUUCUUUCUCACCUGCCGUCUGGAGCAAACAGCUAGUCUUGUGAACAUUAGUAGUUGCAUGCUUAUCAGCCACCCACCCCACCCCCAUUACUUUACUGGUAAUAUGAUUUUAUCCUAGUGGAAAUACAUUUGACUUCAAUAAACAUUUCAGAACA